AUGACCAAGCCCAGUCUCCUUGAACUCCCCACGGGAGUUCAACUCAUCUACCUCGCCGAGGGCGGGGCAAACGUGAUCUACCGCUUCGUAAACCCCAUCGACAAUCUAUCACCCCAGCUGGAAGGCAAACUCCUCCGUCUCCGCAAACAAACUGCCGCAGACAUCACAUACAAGGAGAUAGCCCGCAACUUUGACACCAUCAUUCGUCCGCUCUUCAAGCCGGACGAACUAGUCGACCAGACCCUCAUCCGCCUUCCAGACACUCUCCUUUCAAAAUGCAAUGAGCAGCUUCGCGCCGCAGAGCGGGAUGGUCAGCGUCCACGAAAGCGUCACGGCACCUACCUCUGUCUGAGUGAGCCGUUCGGUCUCCUUAUCACUGACAUGACGGCCGAUGAUGACUCCACCCUCGCGGAGCUCAAGCCAAAAUGGCUGAAUCAGUCACCCUCCGCGCCAGAAACGGCACACAGAUGUCGCACGUGUGCACUUCGGGAGAUGAAAAACCACACAUCUUUCCUAGAAGCCAAGGAACAGCGUUCUUUCUGUCCUCUUGACCUGGUUUCCGAACAGUACGAGAAUGUCCUGCGGGCCACCGGCCUCAUCAAGGGGUGCACGGACCGGUCGCGACUGGCUCAUAUCUUGUUUCGGAACCCGACACUAUUGAGAUUACAAUCGUUGCAGAAGACCGAGAGAGAAGUGGGAUUGUUAGGGCCACUGGCUCAGAGUCGAGAUAUGUCACUUGCGAUGACGCUACGGGAUUGCACCAUGUUUGUCAAGAUCCCGCAUGACGAAAGAUCUGCCGUGGAGAUUCGUCUCGGUGACCUCGACCUGAAGACCGGGGCUGGUGGGAAGGCUGGGUACUGGAGAGAUCUUGAGACCCGUCUUAUUGAACAAGACUGGUAUCGAGGAUCAGAAUGUGGUCACAUUCCAAGUGAGUGCGCUUUACAUUUGCAACGAGCUCCCCCGCGCCCAGUCUGA